AACUGAGUUCUAGCAACCAAAAGAAAGUAUUAUUAGCUAGCUAUCAAAGGAAUCCAAGCCAAAUUAGAAAUUGAGUUCUAAUUUCAAUUCAAAAAUCUGCUCAAUUCACGAUCAAACACAAUUGGGGGGGAAAGGCAAAUUAAAGAACACCUGAACGGAAUACUUGACAGCGAGGCUAGCAACGGAAUCCCCUCUGACAAUCUUGUGCGAGACGGCGAAUUUCCCGAUCCCGUUGUCCCUCCAGAACCCGCCGGAGCCAGGCUUCCCGACGACCUCCUUCAAUUUCCAGGGAGCCAUGAAAGCCCGCCUCGUAAUCUCGUCAUCGGAGGCCACCGCGUUCCAUGCCCGGGAAACGCAGCUGGCUCUGGCGAGGUCCGCCACGGAGAGCCUCUCCAGGAUGAGGCGGAGGGUGUCGCGGCAGGAGAGGGCGGAGAAGUUGGAAUUCAUCGGGGAAAUUGUGGAGCAAUUGGCGCCUGUUCCGGCGGAGGUGGUUUCGGCGGCAGAGGAGGAGUUGAGGUGUUGGGUAAGGGUGGGAAGUGGGUCGUCAUCGUCGCCGCCACAGCAACCCAUUGAUUUUGUAUUUCUCUCGUCGGAGCUGAAAAUGGAGGAGGUGGAAAGUGGGAGUCCGCACUUUAUUAUAUGGCAGUUGUGU